AUGGCUAGUAAAGCAUCGCGAGAAGCUGACGAGAAUGAUGUCUACACAAUGGAUUCGGAUGAUGAACAAGAACGCGCACCCCAGCGCCAGCCAAAGCCAGCGAAACCAGCGAAGCCAACGAAAGUGCGACAAAAGCCGCGGCGUCAGCAACAGAAGAGCAACGUUGUCUCAGAGGACAAUGCUCAAGAUGAGGCCAAAGCAGUGCAACCAUACGAACGGAACAGGUCGACACAACUCUCCAACCAGGAAGCGUCGCCGACACAGGCUCGUGGGCGUAUACAGAAACACGCAGCACGACAGGAAGAGCAAGUACAGAAAAAGGAAAAGGACGAGGAUAGUGGGCUCAAACUCCGACUGGAUUUGAACCUCGACAUCGAGGUUGACCUGAAAGCUAGCAUACGCGGUGAUUUGACGCUGGCAUUGCUGUGGGUUUGGCCUGAUAGCCCUUUGCAUUAA